AUGAACGCACAAGUUUUCUCAACUUCUCCUCAAUCAUCAACCACUUCAGGACACGUUUACACCACCGAAAUUUACCCACCAUCUUUCCUUCCUUCUUCGUCUGAUUCAAGUCCGAUGGAAAGUCCAAUUUUAUUGCCAAGAAGGGUCCCUUCAUUUAAUAAUGUUAAUGAUCAUUUCGCGUUAGAUGGUAGCGGUAAUAACAACAACGGUCAGCAACAGAGAGACUUUGUUUUCACGCUUCCUUCCCCCGUGGUCAAUAACAAUCAACGUGCUGUUAAAAGAAAAGGAAGUAGGGCUUCUAUCAGAUCCAAUAGAAAUUCGAUGUUUUUGGAUCCUAUCGUCGAAGAAUCGAAUGAUUUCGGUCUUUUGAACAUGAACGGUGGUAGCGAUACUAUUGUUAAACAUUAA